CGUUUUACAUAACAAUCUGAUAACUACCUGUCACCUGGCGCGGCAUAAAGUAUUAUUUAACAGUACGAAACGUCGAGUGAUAGCAGAACUAUGCAACCGGAUAAAGUGAAAAUUUGUGACGGCAGUGACACGCCACUUGUGAAGAAACGAGAUGAGUUCGACAAGCCAAAGCUGCCGUACCCAAAGUCAGUGCUGUUCAUCGUCACAAAUGAGUUCUGCGAGCGAUUUUCCUACUAUGGCAUGCGAACGAUCCUGUCCCUGUACCUGCGCGACAAGCUGGGCUACUCGGACGACGGCGCCACGGUCAUCUACCACGUGUUCACGAUGUUCGCCUACUUCUUCCCCGUCAUCGGCGCCAUCAUCGCCGACGCCUGCUUGGGGCGGUUCAGGACAAUAUUGUACCUAUCGCUGGUGUACGCACUAGGCAGCGUGCUCAUAUCAGUCACCGCCAUACCAGCAGUGCCAUUCCCGCAAAUGGAGUUCACAAUCCUGGCUCUGCUGCUGAUAGCAUUCGGCACCGGAGGCAUCAAGCCAUGCGUCUCCGCCUUCGGAGGCGACCAGUUCAAGAUACCAGAGCAGGAGAAGUACCUCGGAUACUUUUUCUCUCUCUUCUACUUCGCCAUCAACGCCGGCAGUCUUAUCUCCACCUUCCUGACUCCGAUCUUAAGAGCGGAUAUCAAAUGCUUCGGUGACAACAGCUGUUACUCCUUGGCUUUCGGCGUUCCUGGUAUUUUGAUGCUCGUCUCUAUUGUGUUCUUCUACAUCGGCAAGCCUCUGUACGUGAUAAAGAACCCUUCAGGAAACGUGAUCGGUCAAGUCGCCAGCUGCGUCGGUCAUGGAGUAGUCCGUUCAAUAAAGAGCAAGGAGAAGCGCGCCCACUGGCUGGACCACGCCGACGACCGCUUCGACCGCGCCCUCAUCGAGGACGUGAAGGCCGUGCUGCGGGUGCUGGUGCUGUUCAUACCGCUGCCCGUAUUCUGGGCUCUGUUUGAUCAGCAGGGCUCCAGAUGGACGUUCCAGGCGGACCGCAUGCGGCAGGACAUCGGCGGCUGGCAGCUCAAAGCCGACCAGAUGCAGGUGCUCAACCCGCUGCUCAUCCUCAUCUUUAUACCGCUGUUUGAAGUCGCGAUCUACCCGUUCCUGUCGUGGUGCCGCCUGGUGCGCAAGCCGCUGCACAAGAUGAUCUGGGGGGGCGUGCUGGCCGCCGCCGCCUUCUGCAUCUCCGGAGUCGUCGAACUCAACCUGGUGCCAACCUACGGAACCCCAGUCGCGUCCGGUCUGGCUCAACUGCGAGUAUACAACGGCUUCGACUGCAGUUUGACCAUGGUUGGAGCCAACAUCUCCUCAAACAUUGGCCCACUCGGGGUCUAUGAGAGACUGGACAUAGAAGCCGUAGGGUCCACCUCCUUCUCCUACAGUCUCACUGGAGACAGCUCCAACCCUGCCUGUGCUGACAUUGCCUACAGCGGUCAGUUCCAGUUGAAAGAAAAGACAGCAAACUCCGUGUUUGUCAGAAGAGAGGGAUUGUUCGAGUUUGUGGAUGACAAUGAAAAGGCCAUUGAUAGCGUUGGUGUCAGAAUCCUAUCCAACGUGAGAAGCCCAGUAGAAAUAACCUUCGAGCCAGUAUCCAAGAAGAACAAGACCCGUAUGGUCGUCCAGAGCACAGACACUGCGCAGAAAAUCCUGGAGAAAGGAACUUAUGACGUCAUAGUAUCAGGAGACACCGUGCUUACAGAGUUGAAGCUAGAGACUGGUGCUGUCUACACCAUCAACCUGUAUGAAGACGCUAGUGGGAGAUUUUCAGCGAACCCCGUGACCAUCACUCCGCCCAACUCGGUCCACAUCCUGUGGCUGGUCCCCCAGUACGUCGUGAUGACGAUGGGCGAGGUCAUGUUCUCCGUCACCGGUCUAGAGUUCUCCUUCACCCAGGCUCCCGCCUCCAUGAAGUCUGUGCUCCAAUCCGUCUGGCUACUGACCGUGGCCUUCGGGAAUCUUAUUGUGGUGCUGGUGGUGGAAGGAAACUUCUUGGAUGCACAGUGGAAGGAGUUCUUCCUAUUCGCCGGUCUCAUGUUGUUGGACAUGAUGAUAUUCACGUGGAUGGCCCUCAAGUACAAGUACGUCGAGACCAAGUCCAGUACGGAGGACUUGGCGCCCACCGAAGACAUCAAAAUGGAGAAAACGAGCUAAAGUGACAAUUAUUUAUUUAGGACUAUUUGUUCAACGCACAUGCGGUUAAAGUUAGGGACUUUUGUGCGUUUCAAUAGAUCUCUUACUGCAUCAAAUAGCGCAAAGGGUAAAAGUACCGAUUUAAGUAAACUGCUUGCCUUUAUAUGUAUUAAAUUAAUUUUAAUUAAAGUUGUUGUAAAGUAAAGGUCCCUUGUCACCUGGCAUCAAAUGUAUGCAACAUAAAUAAAAUUAAUGUUCACUUCCUGUUUAAAGAAACGAACGAAAAUUACUGUUUAUUGUAUUUUUGUUAAUGAAUUAUGAUUUUUACUGAGUUUUCUCUAUUUGUGCCUUCAAAAUUAACUGUAUUAUAGUUAUGUAGGUUUGUAGUAUAAGACGAGAAGAUACAGAAGCGAUAUGGAAAUAGAUUUAUGUUAUCACCGCCUUUUUCAUAUCGAUUCUUUAUUGGUUCGCGUUAAACCUACCGGUUUUAGGUAAUAAAUUUGUCCCUGUGCAUUGACCGGACUUUAACAGUAGUAGAUUUGACAGUAUUUUUUAAUAAAUUUUAGGACGAUCACACUGAAAGACUUGAUAAUCAUAAUAAUAAAGAUACCUUCAUUCUUUGUACAAGUACCUCAUAUAGCUGAAACAAUUUUUAGCAGUAAGUACAGGUACAGCUAAGGGCAGAAUGACCUUACCCCUCUCAGAAACAUUGUUACUAUGAGAGGGGGGUCAGGUCUCUCUGCACCUGACCGUACCUACUGUCCUGGGAUUGUUCAUUCUAUUUUCUAAGGUAUACUUAAGUAUGAUACAUUCCGCCUUGUACGAAGACCAAGGCCGACAAUCAUUAGCUUUAAACUGUUGUGAAUAAGUAUAAUUGUUAAUGUUAUUGUAAUGUUAAGUGUUCAUAGUAAGUACUUACUUAUUUGGGUUUUUCAUGCAAAGCAAACGUUUUUUUAAAGCUAAGUAAAUAUGUAUUUUAUACGAACUUGUAGAUAACUUACCUAAAGACUAAUAACGGCAAUGAACUAAAGAGUUUCGACAAAUAAUUCAUAUUUCAUCAUUUAGGUAGGUUUUGUACACUUUCAUAGGUAAAGUUCUGUUAAAGUCUGGUCAUAAUACAUAGUAAUACCUUGUUUAAUAUAAAUCACAGACUUAAUUUUAUUGUUACUUAUAGAAUUUGUUAUGCUACUGAAAAUAUAAAUGUAUGUAAAUAAUAAUUUAAUCAAUAAAGGCCGCUGGUCUAUGAAGACGA